AGGCAUUGUUCGUUUCUUCCCUCUAGUCAAAAAUCAAUAAUGCCCCUUCAGAAGCUUCUUUAAGAUCAUUCAUUGCUUUAAAAGUUUAAAACUUUUUUUACCGAAGUCAUUGAUUCAGAAUAUCUUUAGUCUAGUCAUCUCUAUCUUUGUCUGUUUAAACCCAUUCUCAUAAGCACCAUACCUUCACAAAACAAAAAAAACACUGCUCCAUAACGGAUAUGCUGAACCUUUUUGUUUGUGGCCCUUUCCAUAACGAGUAUGAUGAUGAACCAUGCCUUGCAAGUCCUAAUUCUUCUAGCCCUAGAAAAUAUAAAAGAAAAAACAGUAAGAACAACAACCCUUAUUCCACUCGCGGCCUAGACAAAUUUUCUGAGCUUUUGGCUGAUCUUGAUGAGAAAAGGCAGAAGAUUUAUUCUCAGACGAACCCUCAUGACAUCUCUUUCGUUCGCUUUGUGUACUCCAACACUGAUGAUGACAUUGUUCCCGUUGUGGUCAAGGUGAAAAACAACAACAAGGAUCAUAGACACAGCAAGAGCCAAGAACUCAAAGUGGUGAGAGCAAGAACAACAACAACAACGUUGACUCAUAAUACAUCAGAAUCAACGGACAAGUCUGCAACAGCUGAUAAAAAAAACCCUGUUGAAGAAAGAAAGCAACACAAGUUAGAAACUCAUGCAAAGGUAGCUAAGAAGAAGAACAACAACUUUUCUUCGGAUAUGGGGAAGCCUUCUUUCUAUGUUCCAGUGGUUGCCAUAUUGAUUUUGUUGCUAUUGGUUGUGUUUGGAAGAUCUGUUACAACUCUUUGCAUUUGUAUUUUGUGGUAUGUGAUGUCCACUUUGAAGGGUAGCUCAUCAUCAUCAAACACGCUGAAGUCGAUGAAGAAGAAGGAUUUAAGUGAAAAGAAGAUUGUGAUCAAUGAAGGGACAAAGAAAAAGAACUAUGUUAGAGGGUGGAGUGAAAAGAUGGUGGUGAGUGAAGGGAGCAAUAAGAAGAAAGAUUAUGUUAGAGGGUGGAGUGAAAAGAAGAUGGCAAGUACUGAUGGGUUAAUUUCUCCAAGAAGUGGUGAGUAAGGCUUCCAAGAACAAGGUUCAUGCACUAAAUUCCCAUAAGAAAAUUAAAGCUGGUGAAGAAUGUAAGAUUAUCUGUUAGUAAUUGUUUUUUUUCUUCUUAAUUUGUUUCUUCUUCUUAGUAAUUUUCCAUUUCUGAAUUGGGAAUAGAGUUUUUUUUUUUGUGUGUGUGAGUGUGUUGGUGUAAUACAUGUAGGUUAAUUUUCUUUUUGACGUGCUUGAGACGGGUUGAAAAUUUCAAUUCUUCCCGAUCGUUUACACGUUCGAUCUGAGUGUAAAUUACGGUGGAAAUUGUGAAUUAGGCUUAAUGACAAUCCAUAUGCCAUUUUUGUUUGCUUCA